AGUUCUGCAUGGGACCAAAGCGCUUGAGCGCGUGAAUGCAUGCGGAUAGUGUGUGCUAUGAGAGGCUGAAGCGACGCACUUGAUGCUUUGACACUGGAACACAAUGACUCUACUGGGAUCUGAACAUUCCAUUCUGAUUCGCAGCAAGUUUAAAUCAGUCCUGCAGCUGAGACUCCAGCAGAGGAGGACGCGAGAGCAGCUCGCUGACCAGGGCAUCAUGCCUCCCUUGAAGAGUCCGGCUGCGUUCCACGAACAGAGGAAAAGUCUUGAGCGAUCCAAGACUGGAGAUUAUUUAAAACACAAAAUCAGAAGUCGACCAGAGAAAUCAGAGCUUGUCAACAUGCGUAUUCUACAAGAACCCGCCGCCGAAAGUCCCGCACACGACUCACAGACCAAACUAAAGCGAGCCAGACUGGCCGACAACCUGAAUGAGAGAAUCGCUCUCAGACCUGGCCCGCUGGAGCUGGUGGAGAAGAACAUCAUUCCUGUCCAUUCCACUGUUAAAGAAGCAGCUAUGAAAGUGAACCAUGACAAGUUCCCGCAGCAGGAGGACUCGUACGCGUUUGAGGAGGACAGCAGCAGUGAGAGUCUGUCUCCAGAUCAGCCACACAGUGAAGAGUCGCAGUGUUCGGCUGAAGCGCUUACAGAGAACAAGAGCAGCGGCUCGAGCUCACCGACACUCACCAACACCGAGCAUGGGUCUCAGAGCAAAGACGGCAGCACUCAAAACCAGGAGGAGAACAUGACAAACAGCCAGGAAACUCCACCCAUUCCCGUUCCUGCAAUAGUCAAGUCCAAAAUGUCUGAGAAGAACCGCCACAAGAAACCCAAAGACAUCAAGCCUAAAGUAAAGAAGCUGAAGUACCACCAGUACAUCCCGCCGGACCAGAAGGCAGAGAAAUCUCCUCCGCCGCAGAUGGACUCGGCGUAUGCGCGUCUCCUGCAGCAGCAGCAGCUCUUCCUGCAGCUGCAGAUCCUCAGCCAGCAGAAACACCAGCAGAACUCACAUCCACAUCAGCAACAGAGCUUCAGCUACCAGACCCUCAACCAGAGCACGCUCAACAAGGCGUCCGGUGAACAGCAGUCAUCAUGUGCGUCCAGCGUCCAGACCAGCAGCAGCUCCUCGUCUCCAGUGAAGAGCAGCUACUGCAACCCGUCCAUCAGCCCCGUCAGACCCGGACCGCUGCCCGCCAACCUGGACGACCUGAAGGUGUCUGAACUCAGGCAGCAGCUGCGGAUCCGCGGUCUGCCGGUGUCUGGCACUAAGACGGCGCUCAUAGAGCGUCUGCGGCCCUUCAAAGACUCUUCUCCGGCCGCUUCUGCAGACGUCAGCGCAGCCGCAUUCCCCGUGACGCCCACCGGAUCGCUCUCGUCCUACCAGUCGCACGGCGCCGGCUUCUACCCGUUCUGCAGCAGCGGCUCCACACCGCCCAUCUCUCCGGCCUCAUCCGAUCUCUCCGUCAGCGGCUCGCUGCCCGACAGCUUCAGCGACGUCACCAUGUCCUCGCCGCAGUUCGGCCUGCAGCCGUCGCCGGCCCAGCUGAGUGCAGACGAGGGCCAGAGCGCGCUGGGACCGGACGCCGAGAAGGACAAGAUGCUGGUGGAGAAGCAGAAGGUGAUCGAGGAGCUGACGUGGAAGCUGCACCAGGAGCAGAGGCAGGUGGAGGAGCUGCGCAUGCAGCUGCACAAGAGGAAGCGCAUGCAGGACUGUCCCGCUCCGCCGCAGCACAUGAUGCAUCUGCAGCCUCCUGCGCAGAUGCAGCAGUUCUACGGCGUGUCCGUCAAGCAGGAGCAGGUGGCGUCCAGCUGUCCUCUGGCUGCCAAGCAGAUGAAAGGCGGCUGCAUGGCUCACUGCGAUCUGCACGCUGCGCCGCACUGCAGGGGGCCGCCGUCAUCUGCAAGCCCCGCCGGCCUGUCUGCGUUCCUGAGCCCUCAGUGUUCUCCUGAAGAGUCGCCCCUCACCAAACCCUCCAGCAGCCCCUCGUCCCCCGGCCAGCAGUACCUGCUGAGAGACUCGCACACGCUGCCUCAGAGCGCAAGCAGAGCCGCACGCAACCUACAGCAGAAGAGCGCGGGACAGACGGCGAGCUGCUCGUAUCCGUCAGAUCAGAGAAACCUGCAGCCGCUUUACCAUCAGAAUCCAUCAGACAACAACCUCAGCGCCAGAGGAUCCACCAAAGCCAAGAGCAGCGGCAUGCAGCAGAAAGAGGCUCUGUCUCUCUCUCUGCGGCACGUUGAGCCCAAGUCUCCCACGUCCAGCACUGCCUUCUGUAGCUCAGAUCCCCCUGCCUCCGGCAGUAAAGGGCCGCCGUGUUAUGAGGAUGCAGUGAAACAGCAGAUGUCGCGCAGCCAGCAGAUGGAUGAGCUUCUAGACGUCCUCAUCGAGAGCGGAGUUUCGCCCAAGUUCCACCGACACUACAGUCACAUGUCGCCCUCCAUGCUCGCUUACGAUCACGCGGCGGCUCACGGAGACGCUCAUCUGGAGGUGCUGCUGAGCCCCAUGAGCCGGACGCAAGGAGACGCGGCGCUCCUGAAGAUGCCCGCCGAGGACGGACGCUUGGAGGCGGGCGAUGGAUUCAACAGCCGCGACAUGAUGGGCACGCCCGUAUCGCCCACGGCCGGAAAGAUCUCCGCGGUUGCCGCCGAGGGUCACGGCCUCGGAAUGACCUUCGCGGAGUCGCCGUGGGAGACAAUGGAAUGGCUGGAUCUGACUCCGCCCAGCUCCGCCACCGCCUUCCACAACGGCCUGCCUCCAUCCGGGCCGAGCAUCUUCAACACGGAGUUCCUGGAUGUGACCGACAUCAGCCUGAACUCGGCCAUGGACCUGCACCUGGAGCACUGGUGAGGAGAAACAUCACGUCCACACCCAGAUCUCCAGAUCCAGUGUUUGAUACUGUUUUAUCACGUUCCAUCAAAACUUGAAUUGUUUUGUCUGUGGAUUCUGGCAAAGAGUGUUUUGAUUACUGGAAACAGAAAGAUGCUCCAAAUGGAAUUGGAUUCAAACCGAGAUGUCCGUACCAUCCACUUAACACUUCUUUAUUUUGUCUGCACAUUUGUGGUGUGGGAAAAACACAUAUUAAUGCAUCACACUAGUAUAUCACGUGUACUCUCUUGUGCUGUUGUAAAUAUGAAUUCACACUUGCACCUUGAGCUUACAGUAGGAUGUCACACUUUUUAUGAGCAUUUCAUUCUUUCCCGUCAUCUUCAUGCCAUUAAUUUAUUUUGAGAGCACAAACAUUUGGUUUUUACACGUGAUACGGAAGACUGUUUCCGUCAUGGGAUAAAAAAUAACAGUAAUUGCGUCUUUUUAUCUCACAAUGCUGACUUCUUCC